AUGUUCGGUGUACCUGGUGGGGGAGGCAGCCUAGUCGACCCUUCAAUGCGCAACCUCAACUCCGGUCAAAUGGCUAAACUCAAUCUAUCAAUGGCUAAAGUAAUGGACCCCCGCAUCCUUCACCAAAUGGGCGGAAUGGCUGGUCUGCAAAAUAUGAUGCGUCAAUUACAAUCGGGCGGUUUGGGAGGGCUCGGCGGCUUGAUGGGAGGCGGAGGAACGAGUGGAAGAAAAGGCUGA